UCUAAUUCUUCAUCACAAAAGUUUUCCCGAGAAAGUAAAAAGAAAGAAAGAAAGAUAACUCGUGGAAAAUGUCAGGAAGGGGAAAGGGAGGAAAGGGGCUGGGAAAGGGAGGAGCCAAGAGGCAUAGGAAGGUCUUAAGGGAUAAUAUCCAGGGAAUCACUAAGCCAGCGAUUCGUCGUUUGGCUCGUCGAGGAGGAGUUAAGAGGAUCAGCGGUUUGAUCUAUGAAGAAACCAGGGGAGUGUUGAAGAUUUUCUUGGAAAACGUGAUUCGCGAUGCUGUGACUUACACUGAGCACGCAAGAAGGAAGACCGUUACCGCCAUGGAUGUCGUUUAUGCUUUGAAAAGACAGGGCCGAACCCUCUAUGGCUUUGGUGGUUAGAUUACAGUUCUUUGUUCAUGUUAUCUUUAAUCUGUAAUCCUUCGUAUCAUCAAUGGAUUCCGCUAAGAAAAAUUUCA